AUGGCGAACUGUAGGGCCUUCGUGCAGGUGCUCCUCUUCUGCGCCUUGUCCUGCCAGGCCGCCGCCUCCUACGCGCCGGUGCCGGCCAAGGAGGACUUCCUCGGAUGCCUCAUGAAGGAGAUACCGGCUCGCCUCCUCUAUGCCAAGAGCUCGCCUGACUACCCCACCGUCCUGGCGCAGACCAUCAGGAACUCGCGGUGGUCGACGCCGCAGAACGUCCAGCCGCUCUACAUCAUCACCCCCACCAACGCCUCCCACAUCCAGUCCGCAGUGGUGUGCGGACGCCGGCACAGCGUCCGCCUCCGCGUGCGGAGCGGCGGCCACGACUACGAGGGCCUGUCGUACCGGUCCGAGAAACCCGAGAAGUUCGCCGUCGUGGACCUCAACAAGAUGCGGGCAGUGGUGGUCGACGGCUACGCCCGCACGGCGUGGGUCGAAUCCGGCGCGCAGCUCGGCGAGCUCUACUACGCCAUCGCGAAGAACAGCCCCGUGCUCGCGUUCCCGGCCGGCGUCUGCCCGUCCAUCGGCGUUGGCGGCAACUUCGCAGGCGGCGGCUUCGGCAUGCUGCUGCGCAAGUACGGCAUCGCCGCCGAGAACGUCAUUGACGUCAAGGUGGUCGACCCCGACGGCAAGCUGCUCGACAAGAGGUCCAUGAGCGCGGACCACUUCUGGGCCGUUAGGGGCGGCGGCGGAGAGAGCUUCGGCAUCGUCGUCUCGUGGCAGGUGAAGCUCCUGCCGGUGCCUCCCACCGUGACCGUGUUCAAGAUCCCCAAGACAGUGCAACAAGGCGCCGUAGACCUCGUCAACAAAUGGCAACUGGUCGGGCCGGCCCUUCCCGGCGACCUCAUGAUCCGCGUCAUCGCUGCUGGGAACACCGCGACGUUCGAGGCCUUGUACCUGGGCACCUGCAAAACCCUGUUGCCGCUGAUGAGCAGCAAAUUCCCCGAGCUUGGCAUGAACCCCUAUCACUGCAACGAGAUGCCCUGGAUCAAGUCCGUCCCCUUCAUCCACCUCGGCAAAGAGGCAGGCCUGGACGACCUCCUCAACCGGAACAACACCUUCAAGCCCUUCGCGGAAUACAAGUCGGACUACGUGUUACAGCCCUUCCCCAAGCCCGUGUGGGAGCAGAUCUUUGGCUGGCUCGCGAAGCCCGGCGCGGGGAUCAUGAUCAUGGACCCCUACGGCGCCACCAUCAGCGCCACCCCCGAAGCGGCGACGCCGUUCCCUCACCGCCAGGGCGUUCUCUUCAACAUCCAGUACGUCAACUACUGGUUCGCCGAGGCAGCCGGCGGCCCGCCGCUGCAAUGGAGCAAGGACAUGUACAAUUUCAUGGAGCCGUAUGUGAGCAAAAACCCCAGGCAGGCGUACGCCAACUACAGGGACAUCGACCUCGGCAGGAACGAGGUGGUGAACGACAUCUCAACCUACAGCAGCGGCAAGGUCUGGGGCGAGAAGUACUUCAAGGGCAACUUCCAAAGGCUCGCCAUUACCAAGGGCAAGGUGGAUCCUCAGGACUACUUCAGGAACGAGCAGAGCAUCCCGCCGCUGGUCGAGAAGUACUGA